UAGAUGCAUACAUGCUGGUAAUUACCUACAUAGCUGCACUUUUCUGUAGAAUACUCAUGCCUACAGAACAAGCUUGACUUAUGUCUGUCCUUAGCAUCUCUACGCCUCACGACAACCAGGCGGGGGUUUACCUUGUGACCACGAACAGCACCUGUCCCUCAGCAAUAUGUCGAGGAGGUCGGCGCUGAGCGCCCUCGGCGCAAGCAAUGGCGCUUUCGAGUCCGUUGCCAGGAUGGUGGCCCGGCCCGCAGCGAUGCGGCGCCCUUUCUCGACCACGCAACCAAGAGCCUCCAUAACCCAUUUCACGCCCACGUCGUCGGCCGAGCUCGACGAGGUGCUCAACACGAUCCGGUACAAGAUCAUCCUGCCGGCGUACCUGCCGGAGGACCAGCGGCGGCGGAUCUACCUGGCGCGGUACCAGAAGCAGCUGCAGGCGGACCCGGUGGUGAUCGAGAUCGACGGCGAGGUGAUCAAGUUCCACUUCACGGACCCGCUGACGCAGAUCCCCAACACGCGCCGCAGCGUCCUGCAGGCGCUCCAGCUCUGCCGCGAGCCCGCCGACUUCGUGAACCUGCGCCCGCUCUUCGAGGGCCUCACCUACGCCAACCGCACCUUCCCCCCCGACUUCUACUGCAAGGUCAUCCGCUCCGUCGGCCGCAAGGGCCGCAUCUACGAUAUUAUCGAGUGCGCCCGCGGCGCCGCCCGCACCGGCUUCCGCCUCGACUCCAGCGAGAAGGUCAACGAGGUCCUCCACUUCGUCCAGAUGCGCGCCGCCGACGCCGCCUGGGACCCCCGCGUCCUCCGCCAGUGUCUCCGCUGGGCCGAGAUCGUCCUCGACCUCACCCAGCACGCCAACCACCGCCGCGCCGAGCCCCUCCUCCCCGGCGAGCUGCCCCUCCACCAGGACCCCAUGGUCCUGCUCGCGCCCCUCCACCUCGCCGCCUCCCUCGUCGAGCAGUACGACAUCGACGCCGCGCGGGCCGCCGCCCCGGACGACAGCGAGGCCGUGACCGAGGCCGCCCCCGCCCCCGCCCCCGCCGAAGCCGAAGCCGAGGCCGACGGUCAAGCCCCCGGCUCGAACGACGCCGAGGAGACCGCCUCCCGCGCCGCGAACCGGGCCCAGGCGGCGGCCAAGGCGGCGCGGUACGCGCUGUACGUGGCGCGGCUGUGGCCCGAGGGCAGGCGCCUGCGGGAGGUGCAGCCGGCGGCGGCGUACGAGGACAGCACGCGGCUGGGGUACCUGCGGCCGGGGAGCAAGUUCGUGGCGCUGGCGACGCCGCUGCUGCACGGGCUCGACGUCGCCCUCCGCGUGCUCGAGCCCGCGCUCGCCGACCCCCUGCGGCCCCGCCGCGACCUGCUCGCCGCCGAGAUCGACGAGGCCCGCGCCGCGCUCAACCUCCGCGCCAGCGCCGUCUGGGAACAGUUCUUCGGCGACGGCAUGCUGAGCAGCGAGCGGGACCGCCUGCCCGACGUGGCGGAGGCGAGCGCGUGAGCGAACGACGCGCAGAGGGAGGUUUGGGGAGCCGAGGGAAGAAAAAAGAGAGAGAGGAGAUGGGGGGGGGGGGGGGG